AUGGACAGGUACAGGAUCGCGCCGGCGCGGCGGGUCUGCCUCUCCGCCGCCGGCGCCGCCGGGGUCCACCUCCGCCCGGCGGCGCCGCCGUCGGGGCGCCGGUCCAGCGGCGCCGAGAUCGGCAUCUUCACGGCCGAGCGCUACUUCAGCGCGGCCGACGUCGGCAGGCGCGACGCCGCCAUGAUCCCCGCCGCGCCCGCGCCCGCACUCCAUGAUCAUGAACACGAGCUGCCGCCGCGGCUGCCCGUCCCAGCGGUGGCGGACGUGGCCAGCCAGAGCGGCCGCACCGUCGCCUCGUCGGAGGCCAGCUGGAACAGCCGGUCAGGCCUGCUGUCAGCCGGGCACCUCGCCGCGGCCAGGCAGCAGCAGCAGACGGGGAGCAUUGGCGCCGGCGCCGGCGCCGGCGCCACGGCGGUAUAUGGCAGCGAUCAGGGUUACCGCGGCAGCAGGAGGACUGGUGGUGGUUCUGGCCAGCGCUGGACGCUGUUCGGCCGCGACUGCCCCUGCGCCGGCAGGAAGGCUGUCACCGUCGACGUCGUGUCCGAGCCGAGGAGCCCGGCGGCGACGGCGCACUUCCACGCCAAGUUCAGCCCGCAGUGUGCCGUAGAGGAGUGCCUGGAGAGCGCCAUCUUCAAGGUGAAACACCCGUCUCCUCCGAGAACCGCAACGACCGAGGAGGAGCCCACCAAGGUGAAGGUCACGGUAACGCCGGGGAGCCGCGCGUUCCCGCUCGCCGCCGACGUGCCGUUCACCGCUUUAAGCAAUCCCGACAUCGAUCGCCGCGUCCUGAGCUCCGGCGGGUUCACGUUCCCAGCGCUCGGCGCGGCCAGGGUCGUGAGCGGCGGCGGCGGCGGCAUCUUGGACGAGCCGCCGCGCGUGUCGCUGGAGGUGUUCCGCCCCAUUGACGAGGACUCGGUGAUGCUCGCAGACCCGCGCGCCCCGCCGGCGGUUGCGGCAUUGGUGGUGGACGAGGAGGUGAUGAGCAACGCGAGCUCGGACCUGUUCGACCUGGAGAGCUUCGUGGAGUCCUCCUCGUACCCGACCACGUACCAGGGGCGGGGAAGCCGGCGCAACUCGGGCGACGACGACCUGCCCUACGUCUCCGCGGCGGCCGCCGAGCCGGCGCUCAGCGAGUGCAUGUACCCGGCCAGCGAGGCGAGCGUGGUGUGGAGCGUGGCCACGGCCGAGGGUGGCGCGUUCGACGCGGCCAGCGUGGCCAACUUCUCCAGCGCCGCGUCCGCGUGCUGCGUCGACGACCUCCGCUACGUCGUCCCGGAGUCCCCCGAGGCCGGGUUCACCGCCGCCAUGUCCCGCAGCGCCCGCCGGAAGAAGAGCGGCGGGUUCCUCAGCAGCUGCCGGUGCGAGAAGGCGGUCAGCGUGGGGCCCACGCCGGUGCGGGUGGUCCGGCCGCCGGCUCACCCGGGCGCGGCCGCCAAGAGGUCCGGUGGCGGCGCGCCACGGUACCACCACCACGGCCGCGCUCACGUGCCGGUCCGGACGUGA